AUGUGUGAAAACCGUGAUACAAUUCCUGGUAAAGUGGGAUCCACUUAUAUCACCACAGAAAUGCAAAAAGGGAAAAGAUUAUUAAAUAUUGCUGACUACCACUACUACUUAGAAAGAAGAGGCAGCAAAAACUACUGGUGCUGUAUAAGGAAAGCUAAGGAGAAAUGUAAGGGAUGUUGUUUGGGUGAGUCUACUGGUGAUGGGGAAUGGCUGCUAAAAAGCACUGGGCAUUUUCAAGGACCUAGUAUUGAAAGGUUUGAGGAAGUGCAGGUACAGUGUACCAUAAAGAGAUGUCCUGAGACAACUGAGGAGGAGUCUUGUAGGAUUGUAAAAGAGAUACCAUCAUUAGCGUUUGUGCCUCCAGAUGAUAUUAUCCCAACAUUCAGUGUUAUUGAGAGUGAUAUGACUGACUAUGGAAAACCUUUAUGCCAUAAUGGAACAUCAGUCAAUAAUUUAUCAUGUAUAAUAUAUGAUAUUUCUUGUCUAAACUGUACUUGGAACAUUGGUGCAAAAUCCCCAAAAGACACCUAUUAUUCCAUGUUUUAUGAGCAUGAAAUGAAUAUUGAAAAAUGCUCUCAGUAUAUGAAGGAUGACUGGAAGAGACACACAGGCUGUCACAUUUGCAAUGUGAAACUACACUUUAAGCCUGAUGCCAAAAUUACAGUAUAUAUCAAUGGAUCAAGUGUACAAACAGCCAUCCAGCCAUAUGACGAACUGUUUAAUAUUUAUGUCAUUGAAAAACUCAGUCGCCCAUCAAAUAUUACAACGAUAAUGCAUGAGGACAGCUUUACUCUACAAUGGGAUACACCACCUACAAAUCACAAAUUCUUGCCAUACUGCUACAUGUAUCAAAUUAAGAUGAUGGAUACUAAGCUUAAGGAAGAAAAGAUAUAUACAACUGAAGACAACAUCUUCAGGAUGAAGACUGAUAAGCAACAUUAUGCUGUACAGCUGAGAGCCAAUGGGCACACUAGAUGUAGAGAUGUGGGACUCUGGAGUGAGUGGAGUGAAACAAUUUAUAUUGGUGUUAAAGAGGUGGAUACUUUCCUGUAUUUGCUCCCCAUAACUAUUGCUUGGUCUUUACUGGGAAUCAUCAUAAUGUGUUUAUGCAGAAGAAACAGAGAAUGCACAUUAAGUCACUUGUAA